AUGGUCGGGCAGAUGAGGAGUAAACUCAAAGAAGUGACUCCAGAACCGUGUCAGUCUUCCCGCCCCAUGCAGUCGAGGCGGCGGCGGCGCGGGGCCUCCGGAGCCGGGGAGCCCGAGGUGGAGGAGGAGCCGCAGGUGGAGGUGGGACCGCCAGAGCGACCCCUGCAGCCUUCGCCCCUCGGCGGCGGGAACCUGCCAGGGGGCGCCCGGGGGUACUCGCCGCGGAAGAUCCGACUUCUGAAAGCGCAGAAUUCCUUGCAACUGGACGUGGUCUCCAAGACCCUUCCAGUCGGCCGCUUCCAAUUCUUACACAGUCUCCUGGAGCAGCUCUACCAAAAGAUGCACUUAUUGCAGGCGCGUGAGUUCUCAAGCAGGACCACUUUGUGCAUAGCUGCCUUUGUGGGAAUUUUGCACUGGAUACAUUUAGUAACACUUUUUGAAAAUGACCGUCAUUUUUCUCACCUCUCAACUUUGGAACGGGAGAUGACUUUCCGCACUGAAAUGGGUCUUUAUUAUUCCUACUUCAAGACCAUAAUUGAAGCACCUUCAUUUUUGGAAGGACUAUGGAUGAUUAUGAAUGACAGGCUUACUGAAUAUCCCCUUGUAAUUAAUACAGUGAAACGCUUCCAUCUUUAUCCAGAGGUAAUCAUAGCCUGCUGGUAUCGCACAUUCAUGGGAAUAAUGAAUUUAUUUGGGCUAGAAACUAAGACCUGCUGGAAUGUCACCAGAAUAGAACCUCUUGGUGAAGUUCAAAGCUGUGAAGGAUUGGGAGACCCUGCUUGCUUUUAUGUUGGUGUGAUUUUUAUUUUAAAUGGACUAAUGAUGGGAUUGUUCUUCAUAUAUGGUGCAUACCUGAGUGGGACUCAACUAGGAGGUCUAAUUACAGUACUGUGCUACUUUUUCAAUCAUGGAGAGGCCACCCGUGUGAUGUGGACACCACCUCUCCGUGAAAGUUUUUCAUAUCCAUUCCUUGUACUUCAGAUGUAUGUUUUAACUUUGAUUCUCAGGACCUCAAACAAUUAUACAAGGCAUUUCAUUGCACUCUGUCUUUCCAAUGUUGCUUUUAUGCUUCCCUGGCAAUUUGCUCAAUUUAUACUUUUUACACAGAUAGCCUCAUUAUUUCUCAUGUAUGUUGUGGGAUAUAUUGAGCCAAGCAAAUUUCAGAAGAUCAUUUGUAUGAACAUGGUUUCAGUUCUUCUUUGUUUCAUUUUGAUGUUUGGAAAUUCAAUGUACUUAUCUUCUUAUUAUUCUUCAUCUUUGUUAAUGACAUGG